GAUAAAUGCUGUAUAUUAAGAAAGUAAUAUCUAGUGUGUGUGGUCUCUUGUCCUGAUGGGGGAGGGUCCACACACACACUAUUAUAUCACACUUCUGUCAUAUUUUCAUUAUAAUGUUGCAGUGCUCAGUGAAAAUGGUUCAUGUCGGCGUUUUGUUCAGCGUGUGUUUGUGGCAACGGUUUGGAGUGUUUGCAGUGAAGUCAGUGUCAGUGACGGAGGGAGAUUCAGUCUCUCUAAACUCUGAUCUCACUGAAAUGAUGGAUUAUGAUCUGAUUCUGUGGAGGUUUGGUGAUGAAAACACUUUAAUUGCUGAAAUCAAUGUAAUGGCCGACAGAAUGACUGUAUAUGAUGAUGAUCCUGAUGGGAGAUUCAGAGACAGACUGAAGCUGGACGAUCAAACUGGAUCUCUGACCAUCACACACACCACAACUGAACACACUGGAGUUUAUACACUACUGAUGACCAGAAAUCUGAGCAAGAGUUUCCGUCUCACUGUCUAUUCUCGUCUGCCUGUUCCUGUCAUCAUCAGUAACUCGUCACGAUGUUCUUCAAAUUGUUCAUUGGUGUGUUCAUCAUCAGUGUUGAGUGUGUGUGAUGCGACUCUGUCCUGGUACGCAGGAAUGAGUGUAUUGUCCAGCAUCAGUGUGUGUGAUCUCAGCAUCAGUCUCUCUCUACCUCUGGAGGUGGAAUAUCAGGAUAAAAACACCUACAGCUGUGUGCUGAACAAUCCCAUCAGCAACCAGACCACACAUCUGGACAUCAACACACUCUGCAGACACACAUGUGCAGAAGUUCACAGCUGUGGUUCUAUUGAAGCUGUGAUCCGAUUGGUCCUCUCUGCUGUGGUGGGCGUGGCUACUGUCAUUCUUCUGGUUUAUGACAUCAGAUCCACAAGAGGAGGAGACUAAUGGAAGAUCAGUUGAAGAAUCAACAGCGGUGACCCUUAAAAAAGUUUCUUAUGAAUGACUAUUUUCAAUAAUUAAAUAAUUUCAAUUGAGAUGUUUACUACUGUGUAUUAUGCUGACUCCCAGAGUGCACAUCGACAUGAAUACAUUAAGCAAUUACUUUGUCUUACUAUUUUACAAUAAUUUUUUUUUUGCUUUUUUAAUUUUUUUUUUACAAUUGUAUUUGUUGUCUUGUGUCAGUAGCACAACCAAGACAGAAUUUUGUUUUAUUGAAAUUAAUUAAAAUUUACUCACUUAAAAAUAUUGGGUUAAAAAUAAUCCGUUUUUUAGUGUAUAUCAUUUGUUGUGUUUUGCAUACUGACAUCAACAUUCUGGUUUGAAACAAAUCAUUUGCAAAGGUUUUGUAUCUUCACGACUGUCAGUUGCCAUAUAUGCAACAAUAUUAAUAAAGAGUCAUUUCUGAAUAAUCA